GGCGGCGCUUGGCGGGGCCGGUGGCGGCGGCGGGGCGGCCAUGCUGCUCACCGUGUUCUGUCUGCGCCGCGACCGCAGCGAGCUCACCUUCUCCCUGCAGGUGGAUGCGGACUUCGAACUGCAAAACUUCCGCGCUCUCUGCGAGCUGGAGUCCGGUAUCCCGGCGGCCGAGAGCCAGAUCGUCUAUGCUGAGCGGCCUCUGACCGACAACAACAGAUCCUUGGCCUCCUAUGGCUUGAAGGAUGGGGAUGUGGUGAUUCUGAGACAGAAGGAGGCUGUGGAGCCACGACCUGCUGUGCGAUUCCCAGGUCUGCCCAGGAUAGACUUCAGCAGCAUCGCGGUCCCGGGCACCUCUGCGCCGGGGGUGCCGCAGGGGCUGAGCAACCCUGUGCUGCUGCGGGAGAUGCUGCUGGCCAACCCCCACGAGCUGUCCCUGCUCAAGGAGCGCAACCCGCCCCUGGCAGAGGCCUUGCUCAGCGGGGACCUGGAGAAAUUCACCAGGGUGUUGCUGGAGCAGCAGCAGGACCGAGCCCGGCGGGAGCAGGAGAGGAUCCGACUCUACUCAGCUGACCCUUUUGACCUCGAGGCACAGGCCAAGAUAGAGGAAGACAUAAGGCAACAAAACAUCGAGGAGAACAUGACAAUAGCAAUGGAGGAGGCCCCUGAGAGCUUUGGGCAGGUGGUGAUGCUGUACAUCAACUGCAAAGUCAACGGGCAUCCAGUGAAAGCCUUUGUGGACUCAGGUGCCCAGAUGACCAUCAUGAGCCAGGCUUGUGCUGAGAGGUGCAACAUCAUGAGGCUGGUGGACCGGCGGUGGGCUGGCAUUGCCAAGGGUGUAGGCACGCAGAAAAUCAUUGGCAGAGUGCACUUAGCUCAGGUCCAGAUUGAAGGAGAUUUCCUGGCAUGCUCCUUCUCCAUCCUUGAAGAGCAGCCCAUGGACAUGCUUCUAGGACUGGAUAUGCUGAAGAGGCAUCAGUGCUCAAUUGAUCUCAAGAAGAAUGUCCUAGUGAUUGGCACGACUGGCUCCCAGACCACCUUCCUCCCCGAGGGCGAGCUCCCGGAGUGCGCCCGGCUGGCGUACGGGGCCGGGCGGGAGGAUGUGCGGCCGGAGGAGAUCGCAGACCAGGAACUAGCAGAAGCAAUACAGAAGUCUGUAGAGGAAGCAGAGAAUAGUGACAAAGAAACUACCUCACUGGAACUGCCCUCAUUGCCAGCUCCUGAUGGCUUUCAAAAUCCAGUCCAGUCUCCAGGAUUAAAUUCCAAGAUCUGUAAUCCCACCAAUCAAUUACUUGAUCGUUCUGCCUCUGCCCCUGCUUCACUUUGCUCACCCGGCCCCAGCCUCCCGGCGCCCGCUGAUGCCGGAGCCGGCGAGCCUGCUGCCUCUGCAACGCGCUGCCAGGCGACCCCAGGAGGACAACAGCAGCAUCUUCCCACCGACGCUUCCUUGGCAGGUAAGGACCCUUCUCCCCAGCCGGGGGAGCUGACCUGUGGCAGUCCAGCUUGCCUUUCACAGCAGACACUCAAAGAAGCAGGUCUUGCUGACAGCCAAAGGGAAUGUGACACUGAAGGACAAGGCCCUGCCCAGGAACAUCCUUUGGAAGAGGCAGAAGGAAGUAGCUUGGCUGCUGCUGCUGCUGCUGCGAAGCACGAGCGGAGUAAAGAUGGAUGUCUGUCUUUGGAGCAGAAGAAUGAGCUCCCCACAGGCCAUCAGGUGAGCAAAGAUCCAGAGAAGGAACAACUGGAGGAGCAAACUGAGACAACCCACCCAGAAGCUCCUUGCCAUGUUGAGAAACCUGGCGUGGGAGAAGGCAGUCAGCCAGAAGAUCCUCCUGUGGAAAGGAGAGGAGAUGGGCAGGAGGAAGCAGGUCUGUCUCCUGCAGAAGGGAGCAUCCAGGUGUCAGCCUCCUGUAGCUGUCUGCAGACAGAAGCCUUCAUGGAAGUAGAUGUGGUUGAGCAGUCUGUGGCUGAAGAGCACAUCUCAGCCAGUGAGCAGAGGCAGCAGGCUGAGAACAGGAGCGCAGCUGAGCUGGGCUUGGAGCCCUUCUCCAUGGAGGUGGAACUGCUAAAAUCUGUGUCCUCCUCGAGCAGAACUCCUGCAGAGUGCACUGAGUUGUCUGCUUUGGCAGCUGAGGACAGCUCCUGCCCCUCCAGCAUCUGUCAGCUGGACACAGACCCCGGCAGGCCUGCAGAGGAGCCCUGUUCCUCCCUAGCAUCAGCCUUGAAAGAGCUUCACAAACUCUUGGUCAUCAGUCGGAAAGCAGAGUGCAAAGUCCUUGCCUCUGAGGAAGUCUCUCAGCUGGAAGUGGUUCCCAGAGAGCCAGCAGCCCAGCAGGAGGGACUUUCUGAGGGUGAGCAGAAAGGCUCAGCUCCAGCCAUCCAGGAACAGAGUUGCUCCUUCUGUGAGGUGAGGGCUGAAGGUGGAAGAGCAGAGGGGAAGCAGCUCUGUGCCGCUGGCAGAGAGAACGCCAGCAGUGGGCCUGUCGGUCAUGUGCGGUCUGCUCCUGGAGGAGCUGCUUCAGAGGUUCUGAGGUGUUCAGCUGAGAGUGAUUUGGUCGUGGUGGAUUCUACAGCAGCGUCUGACCAGCAGCAGAGCUCUGAGCAGCCAGAGGUUUUGGCAGAAGGCUCUCAGAGUCCAACUACUUGGACCUCUGUCUGCUCUGCGCCCGCUCCGGGUGAAGGCGCAGCUCCAGGUACUCGAAGCGCCUCCGCAGGAGCAGCCGGCAGAAGCAGCAGCGCUGCCUCCGAAGGCACAGAGCCAUCGGGGGGGGCGGAGGAGCUGCUGCUGAGCCCAGUGGGUAGCUCUGCUGGCCUUGGCUCAGCUGCUGGCCCUCCUCCUGCUUUCCCUGCGGCCGCUGUGGGUCGGCUCCUCGGUGCCGGUUUCACCGCCCGGGAAGCCCUGGAGGCUCUGGAGCGAGCGGAUGGCAACGCAGACCUGGCUCUUCUCAUCCUGCUGGCCAAGGGGAUCGUUGUUCCUACGUAACUGGGGAGGAGGCAGCUGGCUGGGCUGUCUUUUAAGGGACCUGUCUCGAUUCUACACCGAGCAGAAUGGCAAGACAGAUUGUUUUAUUGUCCCGUUGUUUGCAGCCAAAGUAACUUUGUCUCUUCUGUUUCACUUGUUAGAUUUGGCUCUUGGAAAGAAAGGAACAGGUCCUAGCCUUGUGUGGACAGGAUAGAUGUCACUGUGCAUUCUGGGUGCAGAGUCCUGCUUCUGUCCAGCUGUGCAUUUUAGAGAGAGCUCCAAUGGAAUGGACAGAAACCAAAUCAGAAGCCAUUGCAGGUCUCCACCCUGCCCGGCCUGAAGCAGGUUGUGAGUUGAGCCUGUGCGAGGGGCAGGAGGUGCAGGCCAGGUUUGCUCCUAAGAGGACUUUGUUUUAGCUCUCCUGUUGCCCAAUGUCCAGCUGGGUUGCUGAUGAGACUCUCAGGGCAGCUUCUGCAGGUGUGGAGAUGCCCAUAGGUGUGUGCCGCUUUG